GUUUCUUUGGUUCUCCAAGUAGCUCAUUUAUGCCUGAUCUGCACAGCUUUUCAGCAUAUUUGUGACCAGCUUUGCAGGGUUUGUCAGCAUGCUUAACAGUGGAGAGAUCCUCACAACACAACUGCAGACUGAAAAUGCAAGGAAUGUUUCAGGAAGCUGUGAAAAUGGAACCUUUACAGAUGCAGAGACUGUCUGCAGGGAUCUGCUGCCUCAUUUGGAGGAGACCCAGGGUGAAGGCAUAGAGCCAGCAGAGUCUCUGUGGACUUCUUUUGCUGAUGGCAGAGUCAGACUGAGAAUAGAUAACUCAUGCCCACAGACUCCCAUAACGGUUCAUCAGAUGUUCAAGGAGAGCCUGGAAAAAUAUGGAUCCCUUAAUGCUUUGGCCAGCAAAAAGAAUGGAAAAUGGGAGAAAAUAACUUUUUCGGAAUAUUACUGCCUCUCUAGGAAAGCAGCCAAGAGCUUCUUGAAGCUUGGUCUUGAACGAUUCCAUAGCGUAGCAAUCCUUGGAUUUAAUUCUCCAGAAUGGUUCAUCUCAGCUGUUGGAGCUGUUUUUGCUGGAGGAAUUGUCACAGGGAUAUAUACAACCAAUUCUCCAGAGGCCUGUCACUACAUUGCCCAUGACAGCAAAACUGAUAUCAUGGUUGUGGAAAAUCAGAAACAGCUGGACAAGAUAAUGCAGAUCUGGAAUCGGUUGCCCCACUUGAAGGCCGUGGUGCUUUAUAAGGACUCCAUUGCAGAGAGACACCCAAAUUUGUACACGAUGGAAGAGUUUCUGGAGCUGGGAGGUGAUGUCUCUGACAGUACUUUGGAUGACAUUAUUAACUCCCAAAAGCCCAAUCAGUGCUGUGUUCUGAUCUACACCUCUGGAACAACGGGGAAGCCAAAAGGAGCCAUGCUGAGCCAUGACAAUAUAACUUGGACAUCAGCCCAUUGCAGCAAAGCAGGAGGUAUGCAACCUGCAGAGGUCCAGCAGGAGUCUAUAGUCAGUUAUCUCCCACUCAGCCACAUAGCUGCACAGAUCUAUGACCUGUGGACUGGAAUCAAAUGGGGAGAGCAAGUUUACUUUGCUGAGCCAGAUGCUCUAAAGGGCAGCUUGAUCAAUACACUAAAAGAAGUGCAGCCAACAUCUCACAUGGGAGUUCCCCGAGUAUGGGAGAAAAUCAUGGAGAAGUUAAAGGAUGCUUCUGCUCAGUCAGGAUUUCUGAAGAAGAAAAUGCUUUCCUGGGCUAUGUCACUUAGCUUGGAGAGGAACCUGAAUGGCUCAAACAGCAGCGAUCUAAAGCAGCUCUGGACAAGAUUAGCAGACUACUUAGUGCUUGCAAAAAUCCGCAGUGCACUGGGGCUCUCCUCCUGUCAGAAGCACUUUUCUGGUGCUGCUCCUCUCAAUACAGAAACACUGUAUUUCUUCUUGGGUCUGAACAUCACCCUGUAUGAGGCCUAUGGGAUGAGUGAGACCACAGGCCCACAUUGCCUGUCUGGGCCUUACAUUUACAGGCAGCACAGCUGUGGUAAACCAGCACCUGGAUGCAGAGUGAAACUGGUGGACAAAGAUUCAGAAGGCAAUGGAGAAAUCUGUUUCUGGGGAAGGACUGUUUUCAUGGGUUAUUUAAAUAUGGAAGACAGAACAAAAGAAGCCUUUGAUGAGGAGGGGUGGCUGCAUUCUGGAGAUUUAGGAAAGCUAGACAAGGAUGGCUUUCUCUAUGUCACUGGAAGAAUUAAAGAUUUAAUUAUUACAGCUGGAGGUGAAAACGUGCCUCCAAUUCCAAUUGAAGAUGCUGUUAAAAAAGAACUUCCAAUUGUUAGUAAUGCUAUGGUGAUUGGAGAUAAGAAGAAGUUUUUGUCUAUGUUCCUGACCCUAAAGAGUGUGCUGGACCCAGAUACAUCUGAUCCUACUGACAUUCUCACAGAGCAAGCCAGAAACUUCUGCCAGAGGAGUGGCAGUAAAGCCACCAAAGUGUCCGAGAUUGUAGCCACAAGAGACGAGGCGAUCUACAGAGCCAUCCAGGAGGGAAUCGACAGAGUCAACAGCACUGCUACCAACAGGGUUCACUGCAUUCAGAAAUGGAUCGUCCUGCCAAGAGAUUUUUCCAUUUCUGGGGGAGAACUAGGUCCCACAAUGAAGCUGAAGCGUCUUGCUGUGCUCGAGAAAUACCGAAAUGAAGUAGACUCCUUCUAUAAAGAAUAAAAAGUGUUUCCUCCAAGCAUUAAGAAAGAUCUGUGAACAAAAGGAAGUAUUUUCUCAUCAAAAGUAUUAACAAAGAUUUAUGCUUUAAGUUUGUAGUCUGUUGAACCAAACCACUAGAAAGCUGCUGAUUUAAUUGUUCCUGAUACUCACCUGAUCAUUUGUUCUUUUUACAGAAGCAUUUUUCUGCAGUGUGUCCAUUCUCCAAUACUGCUUUUACUUUAUGACCUUAAUGACUAAAACAUCUUUCUGUUGUAUAAAGCAGAUAUGACUAACUCUUCUAGAUUGAAACAUAACAAGUUUUUAUAUAGUCUUCCAUUUUUCUUUUUUUUUUCUUUUGUUCUACAGGAUGUUUCCUGCAGCUCAUGAUAUAUUUUGCUAGAUAGCAGUACUGCUUAAUGAAACUGUCAUACCACUCUAGUGAUAAUUAUAUAAAAAAAAAAUAAUUAAAAAAUCAAAAGGGCUGGGAUUUUUUUCCCUUCCCAGAGAACACUUUCUUGUUCACUAACAUAUUUCAGAACCUGAAGACAUUCUUGUUUCUGUAAUGCCUAGAAUUCAGACUUCUGUGAACAUAGCAGUUCGCUUCUUAAGUCCAUGUUGGAAUAAGUAUUGCUAUUUCUCAUAAAAAGAAAUAAUCAGAAGUAGGGCAAUAGUUUCCUAAGACUGAAAGGCACAAAGGAAUAACUACAGGAGCUCUCACAUUAAAAUGCUAUUACAGAAACUUCUUUAAAAUUGUUUACAGUGCUAUUCUUUGAGCAGUGUUUGUCAAAUGUGUAGCUGCAUGUUUCAGUAUUCACAUUGCACUAAUUCUGACAAAUGUGGGCUACAUUUCUUCUUACCCAUAUGCAAAAUAAAUCCUAUUAUGAGAAGGGAAUGCUUGGCACGAAGUUCUCUAAAGGGUGUGCUGAAAGUGAUCUCUGGCAGACAGCUCUAGUAGCUCACACAGGCAGGGCAGACCACAGCCCGUUAUUGAGACAAAGAAAUGAUGCAGAACAGGAUAAGGUUUCCAUAAAAGUUCCAUUACCAAUCUCACACAUCUUACAGACCUAAGAUUUGUUGCAAGUACCAAUAAUCAACUCAAUAUAUAAGACAAAACAGCACCCUAGGAUUAUAAAAACAAAGCGAGCAAUAGGACUUUGAAAAGUUUAUUCUUCCCCAUCUUGUGCGCAAUGGUAAUUCAGAAUUUCUUUAACAAUAUUAAUCUGAAGGAAACAAGGAAGCAGCAGCUGGGAAAACACAGAAAGAAAUGUUGCCCUAUUCACAAAAAGCUGAGUGUGGGAGGAAUAAAUCUCCUCCAGCAUGUUGUUAGACUGUAUAAAAAAGCUGGGAUGCUUACUUCAGAGAGUGACACCAGAAGUUGUUACUCCUUAGUUGUUUUACUUCUGAAACAACCAGCUGUAAACAGUCAUACUAGCUAUUACUGCACUUAGUUACUUUCUAUUAAUAAAAUGAAGCUGUAAGAAGCCUGCUUCUGGCAGGAGGGGUAAUCCUGUGCUAUACUAACAAGUAUGAAAAUACAUAUUUACUUGUCAGGUGCAGGAAUGGAAGCAAUACCUUGAUAGUUACAGAUCAGAAUGACUCAAGUGACAAUCUGCAUCUGAUGGGGAGGGGAAGGGAGGGCAAUGAGUUGCUUUUGCACCUAUUAAGCUUAGUAAGCAAGGAAAAAAUAGAUUCAGAUCCCCUUGAAUAGGGAUGAAAUGUAUUUCUGGAACAUAGGCACCAGAGCCAAACCGCUGAUCUGUCUUAAUCCAUUUAGGACUUGUCUCUUACAUUCAGAGUUUCUAGAAUAAAAUUACUGGUCAAUACAGCACGACACACUGAACAGACUGUGCAGAAACUACAACACAAAAAGCAUUCUAGCCGAAGUCAUGAAAUAUUUAGUGUAAAUUUGCAAAGUUAAUACUUUCCUCUCACAAUAUAUGGUGGAAGUAAUUUUGUACUGUUUGCUUUCAUUAGAACUCUAUUGUAAAGUGUGUUUCAGAGAGGAAAACUUGUAAGAAUUAUUUUGGUAUAUAGAUUUGAAAAAUAAUUUCAGCAUUAAUUUUCACCCCUUGGUAAUGGUUGUAAAUUUGUUUAAAAUACAGAAAUAGAAUAAAUCUCUAGAAUUUAGUAUUUCUUAAUUCAUGCCUUUUGUGGGCAGGGCUGUAUUUCAUUAAUCACCAGAGUAUUAAAGUGGUUUUCUUGUUGCUUCUAACACAAAAUUGCUAUUUUAAGUUAUUUCAUACCCGUUUCUGUGCGUGAAGAUCAUCUUGUGCUACUCUUAAGCUGAAAACCUAUGUUUUUAAUUUCAACAAGAUCAAUAAAGUAGGUUUUAAACAUUAA